AUGUCUCACGGCUUCAGCGGACGCUCUAUCAAGGACCACGGUGUUCUCGGUCAGGCCGCCGUCUCUAUCACUGAUCAGAUGGCCGACCUCGCCGCCUGGGAUGGUUCCAGCUGUGACCCCAUCACCCGUAAGACCACUCUUACCUGCACUAUGGGUCCUUCUGAUUGGGAUGUCGAGACCUUGGUUAAGAUGAUCAACCAGGGACUCAACAUCGCCAGGUUCAACUUCUCCCACGGUGACUUCGAGAGCCACAGCAAGUGCCUUGCUAACCUCAAGGAGGCUCUCAAGCAGUGCCCCGGCAAGCACGUCGCUGUCAUGCUCGAUACCAAGGGACCCGAGAUCCGUUCGGGUUUCUUCGCCGCUGGUGGUAAGGUCGAGCUCGAGGCCGGUCAGGACUUGAUCCUCACCACUGAUUACUCCUUCAAGGGUGAUGCUCAUAAGAUCGCCUGUACCUACGACAAGCUCCCCCAGAGUGUCAAGCCCGGUUCCAUCAUCCUUAUGGCUGAUGGUACGGUUAACCUGGAGGUUGUUGAGUGCUACGAGGACAGCGUUAAGACUCGUGUCUUGAACCACGCUAUCAUCGGUGAGCGUAAGAACAUGAACCUCCCCGGCGUCAGAGUCGACCUUCCUUGCAUUGGUGAGAAGGAGGCCAACGAUAUCCUCAACUGGGGACUUCCUAACGGAAUCGAUUUCAUCUCCGCUUCCUUCGUCCAGCAUGGUGAUGAUAUCCGUGGUCUUCGUAAGUUGAUGGGUGAGGCCGGUAAGAACGUUCAGAUCAUCUCCAAGAUCGAGAGCACUGAGGGUCUUAGGAACUUCGAUGAUAUCCUUGAGGCUUCCGAUGCCAUUAUGAUUGCUCGUGGUGAUCUUGGUAUGGAGAUGCCCCCUGAGAAGGUCUUCCUCGCUCAGAAGAUGAUGACUGCUCGCUGCAACCUCGCUGGCAAGCCCGUCAUCACCGCUACUCAGAUGCUCGAGUCCAUGAUCGAGAACCCCAGACCCACUCGUGCCGAGGUCAGUGAUGUUGCUAACGCCGUUCUUGACGGUUCUGAUGGUGUUAUGCUCUCUGGUGAAGCCGCCAGCGGCAAGUUCCCUGUGAACGCCAUUUCCAUCCAGCGUCGCAUCUGCGAGAGCGCCGAGUCUGUCAUCGAUUAUGACUCUCUUUACCUCCGCAUCCGUGAGGCUGUCAUGAACAAGCACCCUGAGGGUCUCUCUGUUGCCGAGUCCAUCUGCUCUAACGCUGUUGGUCUCGCCUCCGAGGUCAAUGCCUCUCUCAUCCUCGCCCUCAGUCAGACUGGUUCUACUUCUCGUCUUUUGGGCAAGUACCGUCCUCGUCAGCAGAUCUUGUGCGUCACCGACAACAAGCACACCGUUGCCCACACCGCCGUCGCUCGUGGCAUCCUCCCCUUCCAGGUUGAGUCUCUCAAGGAUACCGAGACUGUCAUUGCCAAGGCCCUCGAGUACGCCAAGUCUGUGGGUCUCGUGAAGGUUGGUGAUAAGGUUGUUGCCGUUCACGGUAUCAAGGAGAACACUGCUGGUGCCACCAACAUGAUGGAGGUUGUCAAUGUCGAGUAA